AUGAGUGGUACUGCCAUCUAUCAGUGGGGUUCUGCGCCAAGACGUACUUUCACCCUUGCGGUACUCUCUCGUCAAACGAAAGCGCACCUUCCUGACUUAAUUCGCAAAAUGCCAAUGAUUAGCAAGUUUGGAUUGUACAAGUAUAUUAANAAGCUUCUCCGUAAGGACAGAUGGCGAAAGUUCAUUACAACUGAUGAAGCUUGGAUCUAUCUAUCUGAUACCAAUGCUAAAUCUAAAGUUCAAUAUCUCAGCCGUGAGCAGAACAGGCGAGACUUGACAUCAUCAACCACGGUGCCUCAUCCCAAAGGCGUAAUGGUUUGGAUGGGCAUAUCCGCCCAUGGUGUGACCAAACCUCGGUUUGUGAAACCAGGAGCCAAAAUAAAUUCUGAGUAUUACAUACAGAAGAUAUUAAAGCCCUUUCUUAAGGAUGAUUACUGCAGAUCGUACCCUAAUGGAGAUGCUGUGUUCCAUCCGGACUCUGCCCCAUCGCAUGCUUCUAAUGUCACCCAGAAAUUCCUAACAGAUCAGCAAGUGCGAUUCCUGAGACCAGAACAAUGGAUUCCAAAAAGUCCUGAUGCUGCACCAUGCGACUAUUUCCUAUGGGGACAUCUGAAAAACAAACUGAAUAAGCGAAGAAUUUCUACAUUGAGAGACCUUCAAAGAGCUAUUAGAGAAGAGGUGCAGAAAAUCCCCCAGGAAAUCAUUUUGCGGGCUUUAAAAUCAUGGCCGAAGAGUUGUAGACAAAUCUAUUAUGCCGGAGGUCGACAUAUUGAGAAGCGUCGCUGA